AUGCACAAGUCUGGAUACCGUUCACACAAUACAUUCACUUCUUUCUUGCACACUCAGAUUAUCUGCGGCAUUCUCUCGGCAUGCUGCUCUGUGCUUUGCAUGCUGGCCGCCGUUUUUGCCGGUCACCAUGGCAGCUGGCUUUCCGGACACGCCAGCAUUUGUCUAUCGAGUGAGCCAUCCCAUCCGGCAGCAGCAGCAGCAGCCGCGGCGAGGAUUAAUCUGCCGUCGACGGGCAACCCGAAUCCUGCAUCCUCCACAGCUGCUGGAACUGGCGAGACCGCCAAUAGUGCCAACGGCAAAACAGCCAUAGUGUCGUUGGCAAGAUCAGCCAGCGUCCCCAUCUCUAGCGUCACUGGGUCUGUUGGUCCAAUAAAUCCCUUUUACUUUCACAACUUCAACUCCUUGACUACCACUAGAGUCGAGCCUCUCUCAAAAGUUCAACCCAAAGCCGAUCCGAUUCGUUUUCCUGCCACCCCUACCAUCGACAAUGCUGUUCCCAUCCUUUCUACGCCCGCCUUCCCACAACUGGAAAGCCGAUCAGAAAGUGAAGCCGUCCUGAGCAAGAUAGUGGAUUAUGGCAAACACUUUGAAGAGAUGGAUGGUAUCAAGCGGGUGCCGAGCUCCGUGGUUCGUGCUGACGAGGCGCAGAAUGGCAAGGGGAGACCAGGAGAUGGCGAAAUGACAAUUCGGGAAGACGAGUUUUUAAUGGUUAUGCGACCGAUUCAGGUGCCUUGCUGCGCAGAUAUUAAAGCCGGCAGGCUUCAAGGAUGUAGAUGCUAG